UCCAAAAUUGGUUCCCACUCUCAGCGAGUCCAACUCUCCCAGAGUUUCACUUAGAGCUAGUACUGAGAUAAAGUGAAUAUCGGUCGGCUUCGCCGCACCGGGUCGCGUUAUCUUCAGUUUACGGUUUGCCUUCGUUGUGUAAACUCACUGUUGAGUAAAUAGCCGUUCAAUUAUUAAGGUUGUGUUAAAUUCAAUUAUUCAAAAAAAACUCAAUAAAUUAAAAUAAGGCAUUCAAGUGUACGAAUUAUUAAAUAAAAAAAAAACAAUUUUUUUUUUAUAUCAAUAAUCCCAUAAGGUGCCGCUUUAUGGUCAUUUUCGAACCGGAUUUAGCAUAAAUACACGUAAGAAGUGUUAAAAGUGUUAAUGUUCAAAACUGAAAAUAUAAAGCAGCUGAUUCUGAUUUUCGUUUCACCACCUCAAUGCCAGAAAUUCAACUACUCAAGGGUCAAAUGCGUGCAAGGAUUUAGCUCACCACGAGGUUUCAAGAAGAUUUUACAGAAGAAAAUUACGACACCCGAUCGUUUUUAGAGAGAUUGAUCUAUCUAGAAAGACAAGAGCACGUGUCAGUAAUGUGCCGUUCGUUCAAGUUACCAAAGGACGACGAUGACUACCAGCAAGCCGUCAACGACAGCAUACUCUUAGACCACAUUCUGGUCGACAAUCGACAUAAGCUGCUCUAUUGUUACGUACCAAAGGUGGCGUGCACCAACUGGAAACGGGUGUUCAUGGUGCUGUCGGGGAACGCGCAGCCAGGCGCACCGGACCUGUUGCAGAUCCCAGCGGACGUGGUGCACAAGCCCAGCACGCUGGACAGGCUGAGCGACUACCCGGCGGCCCGGGCGGCUGACAUGCUGGCCACGUACACCAAGUUCCUGUUCGUCCGGCACCCGUUCGAGCGGCUGCUGUCCGCGUACCGGAACAAGCUGGAGCAGCGGCACCAAGAAAGUUCGCGGUACUUCCAGUCACGGUUCGGGCGGCGCAUCGUACGGCGGUAUCGAGCUAACGCCACCGAGCAGUCGCUGCGGGACGGCGACGACGUGACGUUCGCCGAAUUCGCCGCAUUCGUGGCGGACACCCGUGACACGGUGUUCAACGAGCAUUGGGCGCCUAUAGACAGGCUGUGCCGGCCGUGCGCCGUCAACUACGAUUUCAUCGGAAAACACGAGUCGCUGUUCGAGGACUCGGACUACCUCCUCCGGCACGUUGUGGGUGCGACCGACGUCCGGUUCCCGAAAGGUCCUGACUCCAAUACGUCCACGCAGCUUGUCAAGUACUUCACACCGCUGGACCACGACACUGUGCUCAAGCUGUACGGCACGUUUGAGCUCGACUUCAAGCUGUUCAACUACAACUUGCAAAACAUCUUUGGUUACGAAGUGGGCUAACGCUGCCGCAGUCACUGCAUAGGUAUACCACGACUAAGCUGCGGUGCUACCUAUAUACCUGCAGCUGACGCAUAAUAGGUACGUUUAUCUACUAAAAGUGCAGUACGCGUUGCACCUUGCACACAACUGCAGAGUGCAGUUGAUGCAUAAUAUCAUCAUUAAUAUAUUAUUAUUUUCGUUAUUAUAUUAUUAUAUCUACUGCAUACACCAUCGCGAAAAUGCCUGCCAAUGGAUUUUCGAUAUUCUUAUUAAGUGGUGUACCUUGUAAGGUUUGUCUAUCAUGUAAAUUAUAUAAAAAAAAAUACAUUAAAAUAUUAUAAACUUUAACUAUUAAUUAUUACACGUUUUUGAUAGAUGAAAACUAAACAAUUAAAAAUAAACAGGCUAAGGUUGUGAUAGGAGUAAUAUAGUAUGUGAUAGCAGGUUGUAAAUAAGUGGCAGUAACUAAGAAAUUACCAAGACAGUAAAAACUCAACUAAAUUCUUAGAAAAAUUUAUGAUUGUGAUCAAAAACUAACACAAUGAAUUUUUUAUUAAAUUCUCAUGAAAAAUCUAUGAAUCCCAUAGUCAUAUAUAUUUCAAAGACCUUUACACUCUUAGCCUUUGUGUUUCAUACAUAUAGUUUUUUUUAAGGGAGAACAUUUUAAGAUUUUCCUAAGAAUAUUCAUGAAUUUGGCUGCGACAAUCUCGUUCUGUGCAAUAUUCUUGAUCCCUUCACAAAGUAUGUACUACUACCUAUUAUACGAAAUUUUUGAUUAUUGACUUAUUGUGUCAAGCCUGUGUUAUAAAUAUUUUACUUAAGUCUAAAAGUGUUCAUAUUUUAUACUUUUAUUGUGUCUUGGUCUUUAGCUAAUCCACUUAGAUAAUACUAUAAAGUAUAAAAAUAGUUAUCCGUUAAACUUUUAUAAAAUUUUUGUUAAACAUGCAUUAAUAAAAAUUAAAAAUAUCAUUGUUUGUAUACUUUUUAUCAAUAAAAUUAAUAAUUAUAAUAGCAUGAUGUUUAUACAAUGUUAGUACAAUGCGUAUUAUUAAUUAUAAUUUCAAGUUAAUAUAUUCUAUUCCUUUUGAUAUGACAGUACCUGUACUACUGUAUACAAGGAGAUUCAUCAAGCAUGCUAAACCCCUUUUUUUCUUGAAUAAUUCACCUAUUAAAAAUCUGAUUUUUGGAAUUUUUAAAUGUACUACCUACUCAAAAAUGAUUUUUUUAAAUCCUAGAAUUUUUUGUAUACCUAUAAUAGGUACUUAAGAAAUUUGUAUCACCACAGAACUAGUGUAAGUACAAAAAAAUUGAAGAAUUUGAAAUAUUGUCUUUGAGUAAAUAUAUUUAAAAAUUUCAAAAACAAAAAUUUCAAUAAAUCCAUUAUAUUAUAUUAACAAAUUAGGGUGAGCAUGCUUGGCGAAUCACUCUGUAUAUUACAAUUAAUAUUUUACUUUGUACGUAUAUAGUGUAAACAUCAUAUAUCACACUAUCAUAGGAAUCUGGUAGAUAUAUCAUGUACGCUCCAAUUAUAUUAAUAAGCUUUUUGUGUACUAGCUAUUUCGUCUACUGCGAUACUAUAUUAUGCUACCUAUGUUAUUAUGUACACUUGAAUCUGUUGUUAAUUUACAAUAUAAUAUGUAAAUGAAUCGUAAGUUUUUCACAAAACUAUACAUUUUUAAUUUUGAUUUAUAAAUAUACUAUUAAUUUAUAUUGUUAUAAAUUGUAAUAUACCUACCUAAAUAAUAUA